AUGAACUUCACCACGUCAAGAACCUCCAAAGCACACGUCCCGAAAACGGGACAUCCUUUUCGGACCAUAAACCUUCACUCCAAAAUCGAAAAGCGCUUUCCGUGCCUCAGCCGGAAAACGGGACUUCCACCGGCUGCCAUCGAAAUAGAUCCUCGUUUUGGUGUUGAGAAGCGCCUUACACACGCACAGAACACACACACACAAAAUCGGCACCACCACCUUGCAGCCGCCGUCUUCCGCCUGUCGCCGGCAACCGGCCGUUCGAUCCCAUCGCCGCCGUCCCCAACCAACGUCGCAUCCAGCCCUCUGCCUCCACGUGUCGUCAUCCUUGCAGAGGCGGCUGAAACCGCUAGAGAACGAGCAGUGAAGACCCUCCGCUGCGCGACCAUGUGUGCCACAGAGUCCGCCGUCAUCACGUCCCUCAUCUCCCGGUGGUGGCGGCAGUCUGUCUUCUCCGACAAAAAAAUGUGCAGAUUCCACAAGAAUAAGAAGGCUCGAGCUCGUCGCCGGCAAUGA